CGGUCCACUUCCUAGUUUGCUGCAAACUGACAAACCUUCUGAGCUGUGAAUUUAGCAUUUAAACAGGCACCAGCAGUCUGCUGUUUGUAAGUUAUCCGAGCUGAUUACUGUCGCACGGUAAGCUAGUAAACAAGUCCACCUGUAGAGACUUAAUGCUGAUAGCCACGCGUUUUUUCAAAUGUGUUUUCACGACUCUUAACACGGAACCAGUCACCCUUCAAGUGCUCUACUCACUGUUUUCAAUGUCGUCUAAACUUGAGAGCCCUGCCAGCAUUGGCCAAAUGAAGCAUGUAAAAGACAGCUGGAGGAUGAAUUAUGUCACCGGAGACCUGUUCAGCUGCCCCGAAGACGAGGCUUUGGCCCACUGCAUCAGUGAAGACUGCCGCAUGGGGGCAGGCAUAGCAGUGCUGUUCAAGCAGAAGUUCAAAGGGGUGUCGGAGUUAAAGGAACAGAAAAAGGAGACGGGACAGUGUGCUGUACUGAUGAGAGAAGGACGUUUUGUCUACUAUCUGAUCACAAAGAAAAGGGCCUUCCAAAAACCCACCUACACCAGCCUGAGACAGAGCCUGGAGGACAUGAGGUCACACUGUGUAAAGAAUGGCGUAAGAAGAAUAUCAAUGCCUCGUAUUGGCUGUGGCCUGGAUCGACUGGAGUGGGCCAAAGUGUCGGUGAUACUGGAGCAGGUCUUCAAACACACAAACAUCUCCAUCACAGUCUACAGCCUUCCUCAGAAAACAGAAACCACAGUGAUGAAGGGAAACCUGUGUAGAUGAUUGGUGGAAAUGUGUGUUUGUUGUAAUUUUUACUUUAUGCACUUUUUUUUUUGGUAUUAUAUUCCCACACUAUGGGCCCAAAAUAGCAGUCCUUUUUAAGUACUAUGUAGAAUAAAUGAAAUUUCUUUUUUUAAAUCAAGGUCGGUUGUAGCCACAUGAACUUCACACUGGACAUGAAUCUCACCGGCCUCUUUGCCGCUCUCUUUCUGUAAAUGACACUUCUUUGCCUUUGGAUCUUUGUAUUUUUGUGGUUUUCAUGCUGUUUGGGUGAUGGUGAUGUCAUCAGUUCUUACAGUGACCUGUUUUCUUGAAACAUGAGCUAUGAUCAAGCGAUCUGAUUUGAGCAUUUGUGUUCUCGCCUACAGCUCCUGCUAAUAAUGUCUCGGUAAGUUCAUGUCUGCAGCACAUGUGCGAAAUUAGCAGUUUACAACUAUUUAACAAGAUGGCAGCUGCUUCCAACACAUGUUAACCUGCAUUUAUCACUAAAUAAAAACCCAGUAAGGAA